AUGCAACCAUUCCAUACUUGGGACUCUGCCAGCUGCAAAAAGACUGCCAGUGCAGCUGCUCAGGUGAUGUGUUUUGUGAUGUGCCGAAUGAUAUUCGCUACUCACAGGAGCCUCAAGGGGUCGGUGAGACCCACGCUGAUGAGACUGAGUCUGGCCAAGAUUCAGGUUGUGAUGGACAUUACAAUCUGA